GCUGUGGGGGGAACCCUGACCUCCCUUCUCUGUGUCGACGAUCGGUGGGGGUCGCCACCAGGCAAGUUAGCUCACCAGUGGGCGCCUCGGGCCGAGAUGCUACUCCGGGACCUGGUGCUGCGCCAUGGCUGCUGCUGGCCCUCACUUCUGCUGCACUGUGCGCUGCACCCACUCUGGGGUUUAGUUCAGGUGACGCAUGCUGAGCCCCAAAAGUCUUGCUCUAAGGUGACUGACAGCUGCCAACACAUCUGCCAGUGUCGGCCCCCACCGCCUCUACCCCCUCCACCCCCACCUCCGCCACCUCCCAGACUACUCUCCGCCCCAGCUCCCAACUCUACCUCCUGCCCUACGGAGGACAACUGGUGGUCCGGCCUGGUGAUCAUUGUCGCGGUGGUCUGUGCCUCUCUGGUGUUUCUGACUGUCCUGGUCAUCAUUUGCUACAAAGCCAUAAAGAGGAAACCACUGAGAAAAGAGGAAAACGGCACCAGUGUUGCUGAGUACCCCAUGAGCUCCUCACAGAGCACCAAAGGGGUGGAUGUGAACGCUGCGGUGGUGUGAACCUGCAGGCCCCAGGACCCACUGGCCAGAAGGGCACCAUGGUGACACUGGUGGAGACGGAGGACAGGGGGACAUGAGCUGACCCUGGGUCUGUCCAGGACUUCGUGCUUCGCAGGCCUCGAGCCUCCUGAAUGAGAAAGCAUCCUCUUCCCAGGCUAGCCCUGGUCACUCCCAAGGGGUGCAGCACCAACACCAGGCUUGAGCCAGGCUCCCCUGCAUGUGACCCCUGAGCAGUGUCACCACCCAGGGAUCUUCCAUACUCUCCCCCUUGUCUCGUGUCGGGCACACCGAUUGUCACCCAGUUGCUACCGAAAGCAUGUAUUCCAAUGAAAGCAGAGGAUCUGUCUGUCUGCCUAAGGCAGAGAGAUGCCCCACUUUAGCCAGAAGAAAGGUGAUCCAGGGACUGCUCCCAUUCUGGAAGCUUCCUCUCCUGCAGGAAACCCACAUGCUCCUCUGUGGACAUUCUUACAAAAGCCAUCACACAGCCGUGAGACAAAUGUCCCCUUCCAAAGGUGCUUCCCACGCAUCUGUCCAUCGCUGUGUCCGCCAUGGUCUUCCGUCUCCAGAGCCCGUGUCACCCUCCGCUGCCCACCCACAGCCUAGCCUGUGACUCCUUACUGCACACCUGCCUCAGGAAGCAGUCC